AGUCUUUGUCUACUUUUGGAUCUAGGUCCUUGGAGCUUGAGAAGGGGGAAUUUUUACUUGGAAGUGUCAUCAAUGCAGUUGUUAGCCAAGUGAUGAUAUUGCUGAGAGAAAGAAAUUUACAGUUGAUCCGUGAUAUUCCUGAAGAAAUCAAGACCUUUGCUGUAUAUGGUGAUCAAUCAAGGAUUCAACAGGUCUUGGCUGAUUUCUUAUUGAAUAUGGUGCGCUAUGCACCAUCUCCAGAUGGUUGGGUAGAGAUUCAUGUUUUUCCGAGAAUAAGACAAAUUUCUGACGGACUUACUCUUCUUCAUACUGAAUUCAGGAUGGUAUGUCCCGGUGAAGGUCUUCCUGCUGAAUUGAUUCAAGACAUGUUCAAUAGCAACCUGUGGGUAACUCAAGAAGGCUUAGGGCUGAGCAUGUGCAGGAGGAUUCUAAAGCUAAUGAGCGGUGAAGUCCAAUAUAUUAGGGAGUCAGAACGAUGCUACUUCUUAGUAAUUAUUGAGCUGCCCAUGACACGGAAAGAUUCUAAAAAUGUGAACUAGAUCUAUUAUUCUCUAACACAAACGGAUGAACUCAUGACAGCUGCCAGAUUUCAGAAAACGUUGGGAAGUGAAUGUGCUUUUAGCUUAUGUUUGGAUUGAGGCGAUUGGAAGUGAAGGUUGGAUUUGAUUUAGACAUUUCCCUUGAUUUGGAUAUAAAGCAAAUCUUGUCCUUCUUCUUCUUCUGUUUUUUUUUUUUUUUGGGGUUUCCUUUCCCCCUCUCCAUUCUUCAGUCCAAACAUAUCCUCAAGACAAAUCCAAGGCAUGUGUGCAUUAUUAGAUGAUGUUAAUAGUAUUUCUAGCCUUCCCCUA